AUGGAGGAGGAGCAGGAUGUGGUGCUGUGUGGCCUGAGCCCUGCUGCCCGAGGUCACAGAGGGGCAGGGGGUGGAGGGGUGCAUCCUGAGCCCAUCCCAGGACCCCAAGCUCUGAGGUCUGCUGGGCAUAGGCCAGCACCUCCAGCUGUGUCCUGUUCUUGUGCCUCUCUCCUCCUGCCUAACCGCGCCAAGCUGGUGAAGACGGCAGAGCUGCCCCCCAACCAGAACUACGUGCUGGGAUCCCACCCCCACGGGAUCAUGUGCAUGGGAAUGGUCUGUAAUUUCAUGUCAGAGUGCAAUGAUUUCUCCCGCCGCUUCCCAGGGCUGCAGCCCUGGAUAACCACGCUCGUUGAAUUCUUCUACCUUCCAGUCUUCCGUGACUACCUUCUAGCUGCUGGACUGCGACCUGUGAGCCGUCACAGCCUGGACUUUGUCCUGUCACAACCUCAGCUGGGCCAGGCAGUGGUCAUCGUCAUCGGGGGAGGCCAGGAACUUUUGUCUACCUCCCCGGGGCAGCACUUCCUCAAACUCCUGAAUCGCAAAGGCUUUGUACGCCUGGCGCUGAGACACGGGGCCUCUCUGGUGCCCACAUACUCCUUUGGAGAGAAUGAUGUUUUCAAUACUAAGACUUUUCCGGAAGGCUCCUGGCUGAACCUCUGCCAGGUGGUCCACAAGAGGAUUAUCGGUUUUUCUCCAUGUGUUUUCUGGGGCCGAAGUAUCUUCUUGCCCAACUCCUGGGGUCUGCUGCCACAUCCCAGGCCCAUCACCACUGUGGUGGGCGCCCCCAUCCACGUGCCCCAGCUCAGUGCACCCACUGAGGAACAGGUUGACCACUACCACAGGCUCUACAUGGAGGCCCUGGAGCGACUGUUUGAGGAGCACAAGGAAAGCUGUGGCAUCUCUGCCUCCACCCACCUCAACUUCCGCUAGGCCUAUGACAUGGAAACCAAUGGCAUAUGGGCAAAAAUCAAAUUCACAUGCAGGACAGAGUGGUGCCAUUGCAGGAAACUAGUUUUCAUGGGAACAUCAAUGUCAGGAAAACAUAAAAAUCCUGGGAAGAAAGGGCAUAAAACCUGCUGGUUGUUAACAGUUCAGGACAUUCAGGAUUUAUAUCGUCAAAGUUAACUGCUGUGUGUUUGCUUCUCACACCAUUGCUCUGUAAGAUGGAGACGAAGGGACGCUCAAUGUCCAUCCAGUGCCCAGGCUCCUAUCCUCUGGAGUUAAUAAAAGCUACUUCCUUUCCACAAGUGGCUAACGAGUCUCUGGUGGUCAAUUUCUGUAACACCUGA